CGCUGUUAUCAGUGUUAUAUUUAAACUAAGGCGCUAAUUUAAAAGCGUGACAUCACGAAGAACACUCUGAGAGCCCGUGUGACACAUUCAGUAGUUGGUAAGUGAGACCAGUAGGGGGUCGGAUCGCUUUCCCCUGAUCUCCAGCCUCCAGCCCAAGUUCGGUCUCUCAGUGCUGCAUGAACGCACGGCGAGAGAGGGAGGACACUUCCCUCUCCGGCAUCAAACGCGAGGGAUGCGCUUCAUCGCCUUAGGGGACUGGAUGGAUGGAGCGACAGGGUCAUGAAGGUGAGCACAACCUCUGGGUUGGAUUUAGGGGGCCGUUACCGCAGAAGGAGCCUAUCCAUAAUUAAUAAGAGCGAGUCGGAGAUCCUAGAACCGAAGCGCAACCACCGGCGAGUCAUGUCACCAACUGACAGCGCUUCCAGAGGAGCCGACGAGGAGGACAAGGGAGGAUGAAGGAGGCAGAGGAGGAUUAUAAUGAAGCUGAGUGGCAAAGGACUGUGCACCAUCGUCUCCAGCAGUCUGCUCUUCGUGUGUGCCGUGAGCGCCGUGGUCGUGGGAUUCAAAUGCAUCGCGUUGGGCUCCAGGGUGCGAGCGCACUUCCACCUGGCCACCGCGGCCGGCGCGUUCUACUCGGGCAUCCUGGUGACUCUCGGGCAGAUCCUGAUGGGGGUGGCGCUGGUCUUUUGCCGGGGCAAGCCCAGGUGUGCCAAUUUCUUCCUCUUUGGGAUCUUAGUGUUUCUUUUGGGGGUCCUCACGGCGUUCUCGGGCGCGGUGGUGGAUGGCGACACCGUGUCCCUGGUGGAGAGGAAGUACGCGCACUAUUGCCUGGACUCUGUGGAUGUAAACCCGGCGUGCGACCGGCUCAAGGUGUACCAGCGGGGUCUGGUGGUCUCCACUAUCCUUAACACUCUGGAGUGCCUCCUGGGGCUGAUGAACCUGGUGAUCAUUAAGCGGUACCAAACAGCGCAGUUUCACCGGAGACGCCGGGCGCAGAGGCGGAGCGCACGGAUCAUCCUGAACGAGGAGCGCGACUUCGUGGUCACGGAGUUCCAGCCGGUGUCCUACAUCAACUUGGCGGUGUUUCACGCGUUGGAAGAGGCGGACGGGGAGGUGCACAGCCGGGGCCACCCGUCUAUGGAGCUGCCGGGCUACUCGCUCGGAAAUCCGGAGCUUAAUCACACGUACCCGUUUUCUUACCCGCUUCACAACGAGUUGCCACCUGCCUACGAGGACAUAUUCCCUGGAGAAGCGAGCAGCAAAUAGCAAAAAAGAGGAACCGAGUUGCAGUUUUGCAGUGACAAUCACGCAUUCGGCACGCUGAACUUGGAAUCGACGCGAUUAUUUCUAUAUUACGGUGACCAGCUGUUGCCUAAUGUACUUUUUAUUCACUGGAGGUUACAGCCAGCACUCGAAACCCUACAGUUGUUCAUAAACUACAAAACGAACCUAUGAGAAGGUAAACGUACUGAAAGGAUUAAAUAUACAUGCAAAAUUUGUUUGUUUGUUUGGUUUUUUUUUCUUUUGACUGACUGAUUGUAUUCUCAGUUCAUCCCGAAUUGUCGAAAUCCCAAAGGUUUGUGUACAGGAUUCCCAUUGGAAUUUUUGGAAUCUAAAGGAUCCUGAUUUUCUUACAGUAUUCCAGCAGGGCACAAAACAAAAAGAAGUUAACAAUUGGCCAAAAAGAACAAUUGAGAAGGUAAACAUACUGGAAGUAUACAUGCAAUAUUUGCUUUUUUUAUUUUUGACCUUCCUGGUUGAUUGUGAUGCCAAUCAACCCCUAGUCAAAAUCCUAAAGGUUUGUGUAUAGGAUUCCAACAGGACACAAAACAAAUAGGAAGUUCCCAGCCUAUGAUAAAAGGCAAACUGAAAGAAUUUAAGUAUACAUGCAAUAUUUGUUUUGUGUGGGUGAUGAUUUAGAACUAUUCAUUUAGAAAAAGAACCAUAACUCUGUUAGUAUUCCAACAGAAAACAAAACAAGAAAAAUACAAUUCCCGAUAGAGCUAUUAUGAUUUACAACAGGACAUCAAAAGUAUUCUGAAAGGCCUUUAUAUUCAGCCUCAUGAUUUGUUUAUGAUCGCUUCAUGUUUUAGACAAAAAGCCACUGCUGUUGGCAACAUUAAAAUGACAGGCGUUAUCCAUCGGACAGAGCAUUUUUGCUUAACGGUGUUGUGAAUGUGGGAUGUUAUUAAUGUUUCUGCAUCAUGUUGUUCCAGAGUAACAGAAGAACAUGCAAUUCUUCUUUGCAGCAGUUUAUGUCCAACUUAUCAGUUGCUAGUGCGGUUAUCUCCUGGAGGUUUCCACCAACACUUUAGUUAUCGCCACUGACGUAAACAGAGUAAAAUAACUUUAAUUUGUUUUUUGACCAUCGUUACUGACGGUUUUUCCAGUCCAAUAAUAAUAAAAAAAAAAACGCCUAUCGAGAAGCAAGAAAUCCAAUAAAAGCCAAAUAGCACUCAAAAAAUCAAAUCAGAAUUCCUGUAGGAGUUUUCCCUUUAGGAUCAGCACUAAAUUCUGAUUGAAGUUUCAUUGGGAAUCCUGUAUACUGUAUUUUUUGACUAGGGAUGCAGAUGUAUUUUCUGGAUGUGGCUCUAUUGUUUUCCCUCAUAUUGCUUACGUUUAGCUUCUGAAUAAAAGGUGUAUUUACUCUCUCUCCUGAUGUUGCUGUUGAGUUGAGGUUAACUAACGCGUUUGUGCAUGCAGUGCUUCUCGGGAGGUGACAGCAUGUCUGCCUGCAGCAGGUGUUGCCAUGGUUCCUUGACCCUUUUUCUACCUGCGUGUAAUUAGAUAUGUAACAACCCAGUCUUUGAAAUGCAGAUUUGCUUGGUUUGUCAAGUUUGAUCUGGUGUACAAAGCAAAGCAGGUUGUUUAAUGUAACAAACACAUUCAUACGUUUCAGUUUAGCGUUUUAGAAAGAUCUCUUUGAAUAGAUUUCACUGAAUGCCACAGGGAUAUUUUCAAAGAGCUGCGCUUUUCCUCUGAGGUAUUAUAUGCAUUACAAACACGCUGAGAAUAUGCCUGAGUCCGGUAAUUAUUCUGAGUGGGUAUUAUAUGCUUUGGCACAACACCAAAAUCUCUGAUGAGGCUUUUUCCGAUAAAAGAGAUAAGCUUUUGUCUGAGAUGUUACUGGAGUGGGGUCUAAAAGUCUGCUGCUAUUUUCAUAAUGUCUUUUGCCUUAAUGACAGCAGCACUGAAAACCUGAUGAUUUUGGGAUUUUUUUUUUUUUCAAAGUCAUAGUCAUAGUGAUUUUUUUUUUUUUUAAACUUUAAAAGAACGGUUUUCUGCUUGAAUAUAUUUUAAAAUGUCAUUUAUUCCUGUGAUGAAAACCUGAAUUUUCAGCAUCAUUACUCCAGUCUUCACAUGAUCCUUCAGAAAUCAUUCUAAUAUGCUGAUUUGCUUCUCAAGAAACAUUUCUUAUUAGUAUUAACGUUGAAAACAGUUGUGCCGCUUUAUAUUUUUGUGGAAACUGUAUUACAUUUUAUUUUGGGAGUCUUUGAUUAAUUGAAAUUUUAAAAGAACAGCAUUUAUUUGAAAUAGAAAUCUUUAAUAACAUCAUAAAUGUCUUUACUGCCACUUUUGAUAAAUAUAAUGCAUCUUUGCUAAAUUGAAGUAUUCAUUUCUAAAAAAAUGACUUAUGUCAUACAUUUUCUUUGUUUUUAUUGUUCUAAUUCAAAGCUAUUUCCAGCUUUAAAGGGGUCAUCGGAUGCUAAGUUC